CGGAAGUCACGAGUCUCUCAAAAAAUUUCAACUCUUAUGAACUCAGACUCAAAGUUUUGAUAAUUUGUUUUCAUUUUCCUGUGGUUAAUUUGCUUUGCUGAUUUUCUUCCCGGCGCCGAAAGGAUCACAACUAGUGUUAACGCAUUUGAAAAUCCGCCAACGACUCAGUUGAGAACUCAUGGAAUCCACCUCAGAUAAGUUAUGGCCUUUGGAUAUGAUGGCCUCGAUUCUAAAGGGCGUGAAAUUCCAGCAGUCGAGCGGGUCAGCGGAGGUAGCAGGGCAGCUGGCGUGGAUGGCAAUGUUGAUGGAGAAUAGAGACCUGAUGAUGGUAUUAACGACUUCUGUGGUUGUGCUGAUCGGAUGCGUUGUGGUGUUGUUCUGGCGGCGGGCUGCAGGAUCUGCCACGAAGAAGGCGGUGGAGCCGCCUAAAGUCGUAGUGCCCAAGGUGGUGGUGAAGCCAGAGGAAGUUGACGAUGGAAAGAAGAAGGUCACUAUCUUCUUCGGAACUCAGAGUGGUACAGCAGAAGGCUUUGCCAAGGAACUUGCUGAGGAAGGUAAAGCUAGAUAUGACAAGGCUAUGUUUAAAGUAAUUGAUUUGGAAAGUUACGUUAAUUUAAUUAAUGAUAUGCUUAAUAUUAGCUAUUACAAAAUAACAAACCAUACCCGUCGAUUUUUGAUUCAAAUACCCAUUCGGGUAUUUAACUUGAGAAGAACCGUCGGGUUCGGUUCGAGAGUUUUGUCCAGCCCUAAUUGUUACGUGCAUGUGUCAUCUUAUUCUCAUUUUUAUCUUCUCACCUUCUCUUUUUUUCUGAUUCCAGGUGGGAGACGACUUGUCCCAGUGGGUCUUGGAGAUGAUGAUCAAUGCAUGGAAGAUGACUUUGCUGCAUGGCGUGAGUUAGUGUGGCCUGAGUUGGAUAAUUUGCUCCGUGAUAAGGAUGAUGCAACUGUUAAUACUCCAUACACUGCUGCUGUCCCAGAAUAUCGUGUUGUUUUUCAUGAUCGCCCAGACUUGUCAGUUCUGAAGAAUGGAUCAAUUCAUGCCAAUGGUCAUACCAUUUAUGAUGUUCAACAUACUUGCAGAGCUAAUGUGGCUGCCAAGAAGGAGCUUCACACUACAGCAUCUGAUCGUUCUUGUACUCAUUUGGAAUUUGAUAUUUUUGGCACUGGACUUGCGUAUGAAACUGGGGACCAUGUUGGUGUGUACUGCGAGAAUUUGAUCGAAACCGUAAUGGAGGCAGAAAGGUUACUAAAUUUGUCCCCUGAUACUUACUUCUCCAUCCAUACUAAUAGAGAGGAUGGCACACCACUCAGCGGAAGCUCCUUACUACCUCCCUUCCCACCUUGCACGUUAAGAACUGCACUUGCUCGAUAUGCAGAUCUCUUGAGUUCUCCCAAAAAGUCUGCCUUAAUUGCUUUAGCGGCACAUGCUUCUGAUCCAAGUGAAGAAGAUCGACUAAGAUAUCUUGCUUCCCCUUCUGGAAAGGAUGAAUAUGCUCAGUGGGUAGUUGCAAGUCAGAGAAGCCUGCUCGAGGUCAUGGCCGAAUUUCCAUCUGCCAAACCUUCACUUGGUGUCUUCUUCGCAGCCAUUGCCCCACGUCUGCAGCCUAGAUAUUAUUCUAUCUCAUCCUCCCCAAAGAUAGCACCAUCUAGGAUUCAUGUGACUUGUGCACUGGUCUACGAGAAAACACCUGUUGGAAGAAUUCAUAAGGGUGUCUGCUCAACGUGGAUGAAGAAUGCUGUGUCUUUUGAGGAAAGCAUUGACUGCAGUUGGGCGCCUAUUUUUGUUAGGCAAUCUAACUUCAAACUCCCGGCUGAUCCUAAAGUGCCAAUCAUAAUGAUCGGCCCUGGUACGGGCUUGGCUCCAUUUAGGGGUUUCCUUCAGGAAAGAUUAGCUCUCCUCGAAUCAGGAGUAGAACUUGGUCCUGCUAUAUUAUUUUUUGGCUGCAGAAACCGUAAAAUGGACUUCAUUUAUGAGGAAGAAUUGAAUAAGUAUGUUGAAGCUGGUGUAAUUUCCGAGCUAGUGAUAGCUUUCUCACGUGAAGGACCAACUAAGGAAUAUGUGCAGCAUAAGAUGACGGAAAAGGCUUCAGAUAUCUGGAACAUGAUUUCCGAGGGAGGAUACUUAUAUGUCUGCGGUGAUGCCAAAGGCAUGGCCCGGGAUGUUCACCGAACUCUUCACACCAUUAUGCAAGAGAAGGGAUCUCUGGACACCUCUAAAGCUGAGAGCAUGGUAAAGAAUCUGCAAACAAGUGGACGGUAUCUGCGUGAUGUAUGGUGAUAAUUCCUCCAGUCGACGUAAUUCAUUUAAAAUUAAAGAAAUUUUUUUGGAGGCAAUGUGCAAAGACUUUCCACCUGCAGAUGGGAAGUUUCGGAUGUUGUUAUAACAGUUCUCGCGAUUCUUUAAACUGGCUUUAUUCAUGUAAUUUUUUUUCGUGUAAUUUAUACAUAAAAAUGCGUAUGAUAUAGAAAUAUUCAGUGUCAUAAUGUUAAGUGUAGCUACUGAACUCUGUAAUCUUAUGAACUGGCAAGAUUCAACAUGAUUUUAAUGCCUUUUCUGUCCA